CCAAUACACAUCACACAUGUGAUUUUUGACACAUAUCAUUACGGUGAUUGGUUGUGAAAAGGAAACUGAUACACUGAUUAUUAGUUUAUAUAUUAGCGUCAUAAUUAAAGAAAGAAAUUCACUAUUGAGAUGUAUGAAAGUACUCGCGUGUCACCGCGAGUAUUCACAGCGAUACAAAAUGUUGAUAUUAAGGAGCUAUCACUGUGUUCGCAUAAGGAGAUCAGGCCCAUCUUACCGUGUUUGGUUAGAAUGAGCCUCAUCUCGCCGCUUGAUAUAACGAAAGAAUGCGUGGAAGGUAGAAAACAAGUUCUGACGAUAUUGUCUGGCAUUGAAUCCGUCAAUUCUAUCAUUGCCCUCUUAUCUAUUGAUUUCCACGCUCUAGAAACCGAUGUCCGACAGGAGCAGCAGUUGAGACAAAAACUUGGCAGUGUACAGCGAGAUAGUGUACUGGCACAAUCAUUAUCAAGUGGGCUGGCUCUAGAGUUUGAACGUAGUGAAUCCAUUCGCAGGAUUAGACUAGUACUUAGCGAGAUUCUGUUUAUAGCGUCUCAGAUACAGGAAUUGCAAAAGAAUCAGGAGUUUCAGAUCAAGCAGUCGGAUCUGUUCGACAAUGCAGUCUAUAUGGAGGAAAUAAGUUAUGUCAUCUGCAUAGCACUUGCCGAAUUGCCAACAUUGCUAUCCAUUCUCGAUAUUGCGGAGACUCUGCUGCAUGUCAAGCAUGGUCCAGAUAUCAUCUGCUGGAUUGUCGCCAAUAGUCCGGACAGUUUUUCGGAGGUGUGCGCACACUUAAUUGCUAAUGGAGAGCGACAGGAGGAAUCUGCAUUAGGUAGGAUUAGGACACAAGCCAUUACGAUGCUAUGCCAGAUGAAUCCGAGUCAAGCCUUGGCGGUCAGAGCGAAAUGCGUAGAAUUAUGCAGGAUGCCCGCUCUGGCUAUCACUCUAAGUCUAGAGCACGAGAACGUGAACAGCUCACAGCCCGAAAGUGACGUCGUUGCCUUUGUAUCUGGCUUGUUACUAGGCAGCGAUCAACAAGUACGUUCGUGGAUUGCGAUGUUCAUCCGGAAUGGCCAAAAGCGCAAGUGGGAAUCUCAGACGGCCUUGCAAUCGUUACGGGAGGAAUUGCUCAAACGAUUGCAAACAAUCGCUUCUCAGAGCACGGACAGUCAAUUAGCGGAAUCGCAAGUCGUGCAAGCAAGUGCGUUGCUGAGACUUUAUUGCGCUCUGAGAGGUAUUGGAGGCAUCAAGUUUCAGGAUGACGAGGUAGCGAUGAUCGUGCAAUUACUAACAUCGCAUCCGCCGCCGUCGCCGGCUGGUGUCAGAUUUGUCUCCCUCGGUUUGUGCAUGUUGAUAGCUUGUCCUUCGCUGAUCGGGCAUCAUAAUCUAGAAAAACGCAGUAUCGAGUGGGUGCAGUGGCUGGUACGCGAGGAAGCCUAUUUCGAGAGCGCGAGCGGCGUUACGGCCAGUUUUGGUGAGAUGCUGCUGUUGAUGGCGAUACACUUUCACAGCAAUCAGCUGUCGGCAAUCUGCGAAUUAGUUUGUGCUACUCUUGGCAUGAAAAUACCCAUCAGGCCAAACAAUCUCACGCGGAUCAAACAGAUCUUCAUGCAGGAAAUCUUUACCGAACAGGUGGUUACCGCUCACGCCGUCAAAGUGCCGGUCACGGCGAAUCUGAAUGCUAAUAUUCCUGGGUUUCUACCGGUUCAUUGUAUCCAUCAAUUGCUAAAAUCACGGGCAUUCGCAAAACACCGAGUACCCAUCAAAAAUUGGAUAUAUCGACAAAUAUGUGCCAGCGUGCCUCCGCUGCAUCCGGUUCUACCGGCUCUGGUGGAGGUCUACGUGAAUUCCAUCCUAGUAACAAACAACAAAACGUCUGAGCAUACGAACAAGCCUAUCACUGAGAAUGAAAUUCGCCGGGUGUUUCAGAAUAGCGUGUUUGGAGCAAAUUUUGAUUUUAAGAAGAAUUCCAUCAACAUUAUGCAAGUAGAUAUCGAUGUGGACCAUAACACUUCAAAACCUUCGCUCACGUCUCAGUUACUGCUACUGUAUUAUCUCUUGUUAUAUGAGGAUGUGAGAUUGUCUAACAUGCAUACCUUCAUAUCGCAAGGCCGAAAGCUUAAGUCGUACUCGACGGAAUUUUUAUCCGAAUUACCAAUUAAAUAUUUAUUACAACUAGUUCAACGGGAUCAAAUGAAUUACGCAAGUCUAUUUUCGCCACUUCUUCGGUUAUUAGCCAUUCACUUCCCGCAUCUAUCCCUGGUGGACGACUGGCUCGAUGAUGAGAUGAUUAACAUAGAUUCUCCCAUCGCGAGUUACGAGAAUACGAAGAUCAGCGACAUCGCGAUCGUCGAGGCAUUUAGUCAUAUUAAAACUUGUCCUUCGAGGACAGGAAGAUUAUUGAGACAAUUGAUGGCGAUGAAACCGACUGAGAUUUGGCCUCACGCUGAACUGAUCAUACAUUAUUUUAAAGACAUUCUUAAUGAACAAGUUCCUAGAUAUAUACAAGAACUUUACAAACAAGUGUGGCUCAGGCUUAAUACUGUGCUACCGCGCUGUUUAUGGGUUCUUUCCAUAAACGCAUUGUUAAUAGAAAAUUUAAUAGUAAAAAACGUUUUCUUAACACAAGACAAUAUCGUAUUAGAUCCGUUGCAAGUACUGAGAUGUGACACGAGAGUUUUUAGAUGCGCGCCGAUUUUAUCUGUGAUUCUUAGGAUUUUGCAAGCCACAUUGGCCGCAUCGCGAUCUCAGUUAUCAAGGCACAUGCAAGACAAGCCUUUGACCGAGAAAAUCGGGCAACUAACGAGCGAAACAGAGAGAGAAGAUUUGAGAAUGGCUUUGGUGGCCGGUCAGGAAAGUGCGGCGGUGCAAAUUUUAUUGGAAGCAUGUUUAGAAAUGCCAGAAGACAGGAAUACUCCUGGACAAAUGUGGUCACUUCGAGAAAUACGGAGUGUUGUAUGCUCGUAUUUACAUCAAGUCUUCAUAGCCGAUCCGUCUCUGGCUAAAUUAGUUCACUUUCAGGGCUAUCCACGCGAAUUAUUACUGAUCACGGUUUCCGGAAUUCCAUCUAUGCACAUAUGUCUCGAUUGGAUUCCGGAAUUGUUAUCGCAGCCCGAGCCGGAAAAACAAGUAUUUGCGGUUGAUUUGGCUUCGCAUCUGGCAAUUCAAUAUGCUCUACCGAAGGCGUUGAGCGUUUGCCGAUUGGCGAUCAAUACUUUGAUAACAUUAUUAGGUGUGUUAUCCGCCAAAGAUCGAUUCGUUCUUUUUAUGCCGGUGUUAUCGUCAUUGACGCGGAUAUGCUUGGCCUUUCCUCCGUUGGCCGAGGACACCACGGGUUUAUUGCUUCAACUUGGCAGAGUCAGUUCGGCACAGGCAGCUCUAGGCGACAGAAUGACAAACUUGUUGUGUCAAGAAGUGAACGCGACGUUUUGUACUCUGUUGCAGAAGGCAAUAUUGCAAUCGCGAGUUUACUAAAACGCGACUUAAUAUAGUAACAAAAUUGCGUGUUUCGAGAGUUCUAAAAUGUAUAUUAUGUAUAUAUAUAUAUUUAUAUAAUAUAAAUUAUCUUUUAUUUUCUUCAUCAUGGAUCUUGUUAAGCGACUGUCAACUUUGUGAUCUAUUUUUUGAGUCUUGUAUGGAUUAGAGAUAUCUUUGGUAUAUGUACGGCGUUAAUAGAAUUAUAACGCAUAUUCUCGCGAUCGCACAGAUAACGUGAUUAUGUUAACAUAAUUAAAUCAAAGAUAUGUACAAAAUAUUGUUAACCAUGCAUGGCAAUUUUAAUGAUAAUCUUUUUAUAUAAAAAUACUUUUUAUAUGUAUAUUUUGAUCUUAAAAAUAAAUAUAGAAAAUUA